UCCCACUUUCUCUCUCCUUUUCUCACUUUCAUCUAAGACUUUCUUUUCCUCCCUUUGUUUAUGUUUUCAGACAAUUUUACUAUUAUGCUAUGCUUUGGUCUUUUUAUGUAUAUAUAAAUAUUAUAAAAAACCCACCACCACCACCACUACCACUACCACUACCACCUCCACCCUUCUCCAUCAGCCAACCAAAAAAUAUAUUCAUUUGGGUUAUUUAAUUUAUUUAUUGGUUUAUUGCAUUGCUUGCCCCUUAAUUCAAAAAUCAACUUGGAAAAUUUGCAAGAUUUGGGACGAAAUCUGGUCGGAUCUUGCUUUGUGGGAUUGUGGAUUUUGGUGGGUCUUUUAUUUCAAUACAAAAGCUUCUCUCUUUUCCUUUCUUCUACCUUCUGCUACUUGCAACAGUUUUUGUCCAAAACCCAACCAAAAUACAUAUAAGAAAGAGAGAAAAAAACUCUUUUAUUUAAGCCAUCAAAAUCUUUUUUCUUUCACCUUGUUCUUCAAUCUUUUCCGUUGGUUGUAGUAUUUGUAUUGAGAUUAUAGAAUUCUCAGUUGGGUGAGAUAUACACAAUGGGAAUGGCCACUACAGAGUCACAGUAUCAUGUUCUAGCUGUGGAUGAUAGCCUUAUUGAUAGAAAACUAAUUGAGAGGCUACUCAAAACCUCAUCAUAUCAAGUUACUACAGUUGAUUCUGGUACUAAAGCUUUAGAGUUUCUGGGCUUUCAUGAAGAUGACCAAAGCAAUCCAGAAACACCUUCUAUUUCUCCUAAUAAUCAGGAUGUGGAAGUCAAUCUUAUUAUUACAGAUUACUGUAUGCCAGGCAUGACAGGCUAUGAUCUGUUAAAGAAAAUUAAGGAAUCUUCAUCUCUGAAAAACAUUCCAGUAGUGAUCAUGUCAUCUGAGAAUGUGCCUUCAAGAAUCAACAGAUGUUUGGAAGAAGGAGCAGAAGAAUUUUUUUUGAAGCCAGUACAAUUAGCAGACUUGAAAAAGCUAAAACCCCAUUUGAUGAAAACCAAGUUGAAAGAUCAAGAAGUUGAUAAACCAGAAGGAAUCCAAGAAAAAUUAGCCAAACAAGAGUUUCUGUCAGAGAAAAUUCAUCUGCAACCAGAACAACAACAACAGUUGCCAAACAGUAAUAAGAGAAAAGCGAUUGAAGAAACCCUUUCACCUGAUAGAACUAGACCAAGAUACAAUGGUAUUGCCACUGUGGUUUGAUGAUUAAUCGUUAAACGUUUACACCUUUUCACCUCAACAUUGUAAUUUUCAUAACUUUUUUUUUUCUUUCUCUUUUUCUUUUUAUAAUUACUGCUGGUUUAUAUACUAGCUAGGUAGGAAUCUAGAGAGGGUCAGAGAGUUUUCUCAUGUACACAGUUUUACAUGGAAAUCUUUCAUUCAAAAUUUUGUUGUGCUAAACAUUUAAAAAAAAACUGUAACUAUCUGAAUUGUGAUUA